UGCCAAGGAAAGCUAAUCUGGCGACCAAAAUAUUUCAUCGCUUUCCCAUAGUUUGCUUCAGCGACGAUAAUCGUCAAAUUGGAUAAAAAAGAAAAUCCCGGAAUCAAAAGAAAAAAAAAGAAGUGAACAAUUGAGUGGUUUUUCCACAAGACAACAACGUCAGAUAAAUCAUCAAAAGCUUUUAAUUUAAACGGAUACUUGAAGCUUUCACUUCAUCUGACAAACGUUGAAGUUCACCUGAAGGAUAAAAAAUAAUCUUCUUCCGAAUCGAGAAAGAGAUCAAUUACAUUUUGAUAUAAGUGAUUCGAGCAAACCUGCACAUUAAUAUCCGACAAUGUCUCUAGUGAUGUGUAAUAUCGCAACAAGCGGCAACGACAAUAACAAUAACAGUAACAUCCACCACCAUAAUAAUGACGCUGAUAAGAACACAGUAACAAUUUACAGAUGUCCAAUCGCUUCUCUUGAUUGCAUGGAAGAAUUCACAGGUCAUUCUCACAUUGAUUACGGUCAUCCAUUCAGUUAUGGAACUAAUCCAGCCAUUCGUCCCACUCCUCCACCCACACCAGGUUUACGAUAUAAAAACUUGGGUAAAAGUGGUCUUCGUGUGUCCAAUGUUGGACUUGGUACCUGGUCAAUUUUCUCUCCCAUGGUGUCGGAUGAACAAGCUGAAGCAAUUAUUAAAUUAGCAGCCGACAGUGGAAUCAAUUUAUUUGAUUUAUCAGAAGCGCAUUCCGGUGUAAGAGCGGAACUUGAACUUGGCAGAAUUAUACAAAAAUACAAUUGGAAACGGACGAGUUAUGUCAUCACAACAAAGAUAUAUUGGAGCACGAAAUCGGAAGAACGAGGCUUAUCUCGAAAGCACAUAAUUGAGAGCGUUAAAGCGAGUUUACAGCGUCUUCAAGUCGACUAUAUCGACAUCAUUCUUGUUCAUAAAGCAGACGCGAUGUGUCCCAUGGAAGAAAUGAUUCGUGCAAUGAAUUACGUCAUUAACCAAGGCUGGUGUCUCUAUUGGGGUACAGCAAAAUGGAGUCAUGUCGAAAUCAUGGAGGCGUACAGUAACUGUCGGCAAUUUAAUUGUGUUACGCCGAUUGUUGAACAGGCUGAAUAUCACAUGUUUUGUCGAGAGAAGGCGGAACUUUACCUUCCUGAAUUGUACAAUAAAAUUGGUGUUGGUUUAAUGGCUUGGGGGCCACUUUCUAUGUCAUUACCGGAAAAUAGUGAACGAUUAUUAUUUUCAACAAAAGGAUCAUUAAGAAACAAAAGUCAAAGUUAUUCGUGGACAGAAGAUGAACUCAAUAAAGAGGAUCGAAUGGAUGAAUCAAGAAGACAUUGUGAAAAGAUUAGAGAACUUGCAAUGCUUGCUGAGAAACUCGGAUGUUCAACGACUCAAUUAUCUAUUGCGUGGUCAUUGAAACAUGAACCUGUGCAAUGUUUGCUUCUCGGUGCGACAACAACUGAACAACUUCAUAUGAAUCUUCAAGCAUUACAACUUUUACCACGAAUGUCUGUCGCUGUUAUGAUGGAACUUGAAAGGAUAUUGGAGAAUAAGCCUGGACCGUCAUCAGUAAUUAGUGGAAUUGGAAUGUCAGGUGUUGCUGAAUCGCCAAAAGAUGAGAAUCUUAGUUUAGCUGAUAGCAACAAAUCGAAAAAUUCUAAAAAGUCAGAGAAAUCUUCCCUUACGAAUGCGAAAGAGUUUAUUCGUGAUUACAAAUCAAUUCCAGCAUCAACAUCAACGUCUUUUAAUAAUAAAGAUGAGAGAGCUUUUGGACGUGGUAACUCAUUUGGCAAUGAUAUUGAACAAAAAGAUUCGCCAACAACUGAAGAAAAAUCGAAAAUGAAAAUAAAACGAAAUUCAAGUUUGAUAAGUUUGAAAUCUAUUAACCAAAAUCUCAAAGCAAUGCUUAAGAUUUCAAGGAACGAUACGAGUAGUUCUAGUGAUGCUGAAGUUGGAGAAGCAACAAAGUUAGUGAAGAAAACUUACAAUCCACCGAUAGCUCCGUGCGUUAGAAUCGACGAUGUUGACAGCGAUGACACGAAAAUGUUACUCAACUAUCGUCAAAGUCCCCAAAGAUAUCCAUCAACAUCGUCGAUUUGUGUAACGCCAGCUAUCACGCCAACGACUUCAUCAACAACUGAACUUUUACAAUAUCAAGAAUAUGUUCCACGUUCCGCAAGCCCAUCGCCAUAUCUUUCGAUUUCCAUAAGUCCACGUCGUUCUUCAACUUCAGAUAUUCUUAAUAAGAAAAUACCGACAGCAAAUCCCAAUGAAUUGUCACCGAAAAAGUCUAAUCAGAACGUGCAAAGUGUGCAUGGUUCUGGCACGACUUUAACGGUUGAUCCAACAGUUCUGAAUAAAGAACGACGUCCAUCCACCUCUGAGUUGUUACGUAAAGCUCGUGAACGGAAAGGAAGUGAAGGUAAAUUGGGUCGAAGCAUUAGUAGCGGUGGUAGUCUAGCUCGUUGUGGUGGCAAUAGAAAUAGACGAUUAAGCAUGGCGUUUUAAGGUGUGUCAUGUGUCAAAUUCCUAAAAAUUCUUAUGCAUUAGUAGACAUCAGAGAAUUUACAGCGAAGGAUGAAGAAAAAUGGAUACAAAGUUAGUUAGAUAGAAGCGAAAUUUAGAAAGAAAAUCAAAUUUAACGGCAUUAGAGCUAAUUAGUUUGUAAAUUUAAUUUUAAACUU